AAAUAAAACAAAAACAAAAAUAUUCUCUCUGAUCCCCUGGAGUUCAGGGGCAAUUUUGUGCCUCUAAGCUCCCAGGUUCUGCCUAGGGCCAGAGAGCUUGCUGGAGUCCUGCCAGAUGUUCACAGCUCCUGCUAGUCAGUGAGGGCAGCUCCAUAGCAGCCCUGUCCAUGCCACGGCUCAGCUCACAACAGAGGCCUGGAUCACAAAGUGAUCAAUGACUCCAUCAUCAAUUGCACAGUCAUAAAACACUGCCCACUGGACCUAGGCACCAAACUUCUCACUUCUGCCCCCUUGAGAGCCCUGUUAUAAUUAAGACCCCUGGACUGGAAGGCUCUGGCUGGAAUCCCCUGACACCUGGAACCAACCUGUUACAGCCAGACCUCCACAUAAUUACAGGAUGGUCUCAUGCUCACAGCCAGACCACUUGGUUCUCCUGUUGGAUAGAAAUCUCCUCAAAGAAUACCAACCUCAGACAAGAUUACUCUGACAUCAUGAUAAAAGGAAACAAAACAAAGCCACUUCAUAGCUGUAUCUAAACACAAAUAAAAGUAAGGUCACUGUGCCACUGUAAGUCACCCCAUCACGACCUGGCCCUGAUAUCGGACAAAGGCCCACUUGCUUAGAUCUACCUAAACCAUGUGAGCAAGCCCAAAUGCUCCGACAGGCUGUAGCAUCCCCCUUCUGAGAUGCCACCUCUGUGUACUCCACCACACCUGUGGCCCUUAGCCUUUGGAUGAAACACACGACAGUCAGAAGCAGCCCCUCCACAUGACUUGAUACCCACAAACACCUUCGGGGUAUCCUUGCCCCAGUUUAUACCCAGAAAUACUGAGGCUGAAAGAGGUUACGUAAUUUAGCUGAAAUUAUACAAAGGGAUUUCUAGGCCCGCGCUCAGUGAUCUGACACAAGGGUUAGUCAAUCGCGUGUAUACUUUUUUCGUGCGUAUAAAACACUUUGCAAAAAUGUAAGUAGAGUGAACCAAAAAGAAAACUCGGUGGGCGCCUACGUGGCCUUUUCCACCUACAGGAUGUAUGUAUGUAUGGAUGGAUGGAUGGAUGGAUAGAUGGAUAGAUGGAUAGAUGGAGGGAACAAGCAAUAAGCAGGACUCACAAAUUUUCCCUGCUCCAAAAUAAAAGGGACAGGGAUGCCAAAUUUUUCAUUAAUCAAGAUAAUACCGAAGGCAAUAGUUUUAAAAAUCAAAUGGACAAACUAUGGCCCAGGGCUGGCACCUCUUUUUGUAAACAGAAUUCUACUGCAAGUUCCAACAGGCAUCUGUCUCCCUAAAUCCCACACCGCUCCGAAGAGCAAGCGGCAUUAUGGGUGUACUGCACAAUACUGCAAGCCACUUCCUUCGCCUCACUUUGAAAAAAAAUGCAAGUAAGCUGCUCGCUCGCCCCAGGCCGCGAAGGGUCUAGAUGACACCCCCAUCCCUCCAGAGCAGAGACGGAAAAGAGCUUGCGGGUGGCCCAUCCAGCCGUCUUCGAACACCGACAGCCGGGGGCUAAAGGCGGCCUGCCGCUUUAAAUCUGGGCGGCUCGGAGGGGGUGGGGCAGGCGUUGCCCAGGGAAACGGACGCCUAGCAGCGCGUGCGCCCAGGGACCGACCGGCCUCGGCGGCCACAGCGACCGCGACCGCGACCGCGCGGGCACAGCCAGGCAUGGCCGAGAGGCGCCCCCGCCAGCGCAGCCUCCGCGAGCCGGAGGAGGAGGAGGGGAUGGAGGAGGAGCUGGAGGACGACGAGCUGGAAGAGGAGGAGCUGGAGGACGAGGAGCUGGAGGACGAGGAGCUGGAGGAGGAGGAGAUGGAAGAGGAGAAAGUGGAGGGGGCGAAGGUGGAGGAGGGGGCAGAGGUGGAGGAGGAGGAGGCGGCCGCCGUGACGUUCCGCGAGGACGACCUCUGGACCGUCUUCAACCUUGGCGACAAGGAGGAGGACGAGCUGGAGGAAGAGUGGGACGAAUCGGUGCGGCUGGAGCCCCGGCCCCGCCUGAUCAGCGUGGUCAGCCCCAGCCUGAGCCCGACGCACUCCGAGCCCUCGAGCCCCACGUGGAGCGCGUCGCUGUCCGAGACCCCGCCGUCCGAGACCUCGCCGUCCCGCGUCUCCUCGCAGCAAAGUUUUCCAAAAAUAUUUCAAACAUUUAGGAAAGACAUGUCUGAAGUGAAAGUAGAUAGAAAUAUGUAUAAAAAUUUAUAUCCAGGAAUCCCAAUGGCAGUACAAACUGAAGAAAGUUGGCUUCAAGAUUUGUCUGAAAAAAAGAGCCAGACAAAGAAACCAAUCCCUCAAGUCAAGGAAGCUACCCCUGAAGAUCUGGCUUCCAGUCUAAGAGAAAAAUGGGUAAUUAAUCCAGAAGAGACCAAACUAAGUAUUUUAUGUGAGCUGGAGUUUAAAGAUGACUUCAUUGCACUGUUUGAGCCUUCACUAAGAACACUACCCAGCGUUGGGCCACCAACCAUCCUGGCAUACAGACAAGAGCAGUCCAACUUAGACAUUAACCUCAAGGAGGAGGAGGAGCUGUCACCCACGUGUGAAUUCUGUGGAAGUGAUCUCCGGGAAUUUUUUUCCAGUGUGGACUGCAUCUACUCUGAACCAGAAGCAUGUACUUCCUGUUGCCCUCGAUUCCAAAAUCUGAUUGACUAUAUCUGUGAAGAAAAACGAAAAAUCAAAAGCGCUAAACCUGAACUAAUCAGCAUUAAACCUCACGAAGCCCACGGCACUGAAAUUGAUAGAAUCAAGGCAAAAGAAAAAGCCCUGCGAAGGAAACAGGAGCGACAAAUUGCCAGACAUUUCGCUGCAGUACGUGAAUCGACAAAUGCAUCUGUGGAAGAUUCAAAGAAUGUCAGAACUAUUUCUUAUCAACUUUCCGUGGAUAUUCCAGAAAGAAAGUCACCUGAUGAUGAACCAUUUUAUUUCCAACUAAUACAGAGUAACAUGUCCAUUGUUUCUUGUGAUUCUAGGAAAGCAUGUGGAAAGAUUGUGAGGAAUGAGCUCUUUGAGAAGCAUUACAAGAAUGGAAUCAAGUUUCUGACUUCAUUUCCAGAUGGGACAACACAAAUAUUCUAUCCAUCUGGUAAUCUAGCCAUCAUCCAAGUGCCCAACAAGAUAAAGGGUUUCAUUUGUAUAGUCCAGGAAGAUACACCUACUAACCCAGCCAUCCUGGCAGUUCUGGAUUCCUCUGGCCAAAGUUCCUGUUACCAUCCCAAUGGAAAUGUCUGGGUGUACCUCAACAUCAUAGGAGGUCAAUAUUCAGAUCAAGCUGGCAACAGAGUAAGAGCCUGGAAUUGGUCAAGUUCCACGACCUCUUCGCCCCUCGUUUCAUUUAAACCUGUCUUCUUGGCUUUGAACCAUAACAUUGGGAUGCGCAUCUUAGAGCAAGACAAGAUUUGCAUCACUUUUCUAGCAAUGGGCCAACAGGCAACCAUCAGGGUGGGAACCAAAGUAAAGCUACCCCACCCUGAGGAGAUCCCCGUCCUCUGGUACCUGAGUGGAGAGGACCUUCUGCUGCUGGCCAGUUUAAUAAAGAUUCGACGCCUGUUUCAUAAGCUAGAAAGAUGCAUGAAUUUUCCCUCAAGCCAGAUUUGGGAAAAAUUAAAGCAGCCUUCCUACCUUUCUUCACUUUCUCUAAAGCUAGUGGCCCUCUGUCAGAAUUCCGGUAUAAAGGAAGAUAAACUUACAGCAAUUACAGAUAUAGUAAAUGAAAAUAUGUAAAAAGAA